AAUUUUAAAAGAAUCAUACUGAUUCACAAAUAGAAUCUUGCCUCGUGUAUUCUAUAUGAGAAUCAUUCUAUCUCCAUAAAUUCUGAUUUUGAGUCUACCCCAAGCUCAGAUCGAUGAUCAGCAGACGUGAUCCCGAUUACGCAUUGUGCGCGCGUAUGGUGCGCGCCCAUGGCUGGGAGCCAAGAUAUGCGCGCGCUUUUUUUUCUCGAAGGGGGAACGAGCUGCCUGGUGCAUUCGAAGAUUGUUCGUCCUGCUGUUCAUUGCUUUUUGCAGAAUUUGUGAGACUCACUGGCCGUAAUGCAAAAGAUGAGAUAAACUGUAGGACAGAUACAUAUCUUUUGCCCCUAUCACGACUGCCUAGGCCGAGAGGGAAAUUUGAGAAGCAGCAACCACAAAUUAUUACUGAAAUAAAGGAAAAAAUGCUGGAGGUUGACAAUGACGAUGAUCGAAAAUAUGCUGCUCACUGUUUGGGGAUUUUGAGUCUUCCAUUUCAACUAAACGAAGAUAUCAAGCUUCUAAUUCAUGAAGAACCGGGAACAGCUUCUAGGAAGACAUUCCCUGUGAUUGUGUUCACUGGUCCGCUCAUUGACUGUAAGCAAUUUUCUGUAUGGGCAGAAGAAGAGAUGCUAGGGGAGGUAUCUUCUUUUAUUGAAGCUGUUGCCCUACUGAUAACCUGUUAUUUUGUGUUUAACAUUGCCUAUCCUCCAAGAAUUGGAGUGACUAUGACCUUCAUCCAAAAGGUAUUGGUGGGUCACGAUGAUCAAUUAAAGUCGACCCCGAAGUUGCUGUCCCUUUUGGGACGAAUAACCAAACAUUAAAAAAAAUCCAUCUGCUUUAAAAUAAUAUUUAAUUGAAGAGUUAUACUUUAAUAAAUUAAUUAUUAACCACCGGCAUACUUCCCUGCAUCUCGGUGAUAAUUUAUGGAGUGUGCUUUACUAAUUUCGCUGUAGAUCUAGGCAGCAGUGAU